GUGUGUGGUUUUCUCCACUGGCUUGUCUGUCUCCCUGUGGGUCUCCGACUUGGCCUCUUGUAGUGGUUAUCUGUCUUUUUGUCUUCCCCUGGUUUCUGAAGGUCUUCAUGGGUUUCGCUGAUGCUAUCUUCCCCCUCACAUCACGUGGCUCCAAACCCAGCCCUCUGUCCUUCUUGCUUCUCAGUAAGUUACUGCUGGCCCAGAAGGACACACCAGACAGAAGCUUAGUAUGCUCUCCUGGUUGGCCACUGCUUGGCUUGUACUACACACUUCUCACAGACCCAUAUUAGUUCAUUUCCUGUGCAGUUGUAUUUGCAUGGGCCCUGCUCCAUGUGUUAGGUGUGAGCUUGGCCCAACUUUAGCUAACGACAUUUCCUAUUAAAGCAGAAUGGAUGAAGCGAUUUGGCUGCCUAAAUUUGGGGAGGGGCAUCCAUACGUAGGCUUGAGAUGUACCCCCAAAUGCUUCUUACCUAGUACACAUGAUAGUCAGUCUUCACCCAGUGAGUGACAUCUCAUUCCCUUUAUGUCUCUUAAGUUUGUUAGGUGCCAUAAGAUUCUGGAAUUUAUUAGGCACAGCUCUUGCAACUUUGGGGGUUCUUCAGACUUGAUGUUGAAAUAAGAAGACAGGAAUAUAACAGAAGUCAUAGUCUAUCAAAUCAGGUAUGGGCAAGAAUCUUAGUUAAUAGCCCGAUGACCAGAAACAGAUAACUUACUCUCUGACUUCAGCCUCACAUUUUUGAGAUGGGGAUCUUAAUAUCUGCAGGGCUGUAUGAGAAUGAAAGGAGAUUGUAUAUGUAAGACCUUGGCACUGUGCCUGUCACAGAGAAGGUAAUAGUCAUCUUCCAGUUACUUUUGAAAUGCUAGACAGAGGAAUUGAAUAUUCAAACCUUUUACCACUAAUGUUUAAGAGAAGAAAGAAAUGGGAAUGGAGGAGCAUUUCUGUUUCCUGAUCCUCAUACAUAACUGUUCCCAUAAAAUUUCACUGAUGUCCAUUUUGUGCUUUUGACAUAGGAAUACAAAGAUCCAUGCAACAAAUGCAGGCUAGUGUAAUAAUUAAGCACUGGUUCUGGAGCCAACCUGCCUGGAUUUGAAUCUACCUCUUACUAGCUUUGUGCAGUGAUUAAUGAAGGAGACAAAACCUCAUCUGGAUUGAUUGUCCCUCAGAGCUGGGGUGAUCUGGCCCUGGGAACAGCUGGGACUUCAGUUCUGGAGCUGGGCACCAAGUGGCACCAGGAGCAGCUGUUCUCAGGGCCCACUGUCUAGGAGAAUUGGGGCUCUGGGCUAAAUCCAGUUGCUUUGGAAUUUGGGCUUUUAAGAGCACAAGAUGAGAAUGCCAAUGGGGUCAGGAGCCUUGUCACAAAGGGCAAUCUGGAUUGAAAAAAAACAGCAUGGGAAAGUGCAUGGAAGGCCCAAUCCAUGGCAUACUGCUGAAUAAUGGUCAAUGCUGCUUCUCCCAAAGGGGGAAGCUUGCCCCAUGUCCAUUUUCAGUCUCCACCUUGCUCCCAGAAAGAGCCCAGAGGGAGAGAGAGACUCUGUAGAGGUUCCAGUCUGCCCAGGUCACAUGCAGGACUGGGCUCUGCUCUUCCCCAGUGGAAACCACUACCGCAGGACCAUGGGGGGUCCAGGUGGCUCCUUGGUGGCCUCCCCCGGAAAUGCUCCGUCUUCCACCUCUUCAUUGCCUGUCUCUUAUUGGGCUUCUUCUCCCUACUCUGGCUGCAGCUCAGCUGCUCUGGUGAUGUGGCCAAGGCAGCCAGGGGACAAGGGCAGGAGACCCCAGGUCCACUCCAGGCCUGCCCCCCAGAGCUGCCCCCUGAGCACUGGGAAGAAGAUGCAUCCUGGGGCCCCCAUCGCCUGGCAGUGUUGGUGCCAUUCCGUGAACGCUUUGAGGAGCUUCUGGUCUUUGUGCCCCACAUGCACCACUUUCUGAGCAGGAAGAAGAUCCAGCACCACAUCUAUGUGCUCAACCAGGUGGAUCAUUUCCGGUUCAACCGGGCAGCACUCAUCAAUGUGGGCUUCCUGGAGAGCAGCAACAGCACAGACUACAUUGCCAUGCACGAUGUGGACCUGCUCCCUCUCAAUGAGGAGCUGGACUAUGGCUUCCCUGAGGCUGGGCCCUUCCAUGUGGCCUCCCCAGAGCUCCACCCGCUCUACCACUACAAGACCUACGUGGGCGGCAUCCUCCUUCUCUCCAAACAGCACUACCAGAUGCUUUUCCGCCCCUCAGGAAUCACAACUGGCUAUAAGACAUUUCGCCACCUGCAUGACCCAGCCUGGCGGAAGAGAGAUCAGAAGCGUAUUGCAGCUCAAAAACAGGAGCAAUUCAAGGUGGACCGGGAGGGAGGCCUGAACACUGUGACGUACCGUGUGGAUUCCCGCAUAUCCCUGUCUGUGGGUGGGGCCCCCUGCACUGUUCUCAACAUCAUGUUGGACUGUGACAAGGUUGCAACCCCCUGGUGUACCUUUGGUUGAGUUUCAUAGACAGUAAGGAAGCCCAUGUCUACAGGCCACACCUGCUGCUCAGCCUCAGGAUGAAAGCUCAGGCCUGGGGCCCAGCUCUGAUAGGAUGUGGAGUGCCCUGAAGAAAUAGCAAGCUCUGUAUUUGCACCAGCCUAGGCCCCAGAGGCAGGCUUGAGCUGGGACAGGACAUGUAUGGCGCUUGGGAUGCUGCUGGCAGUAAACAGUGAUCACAAAAAGGCUGAAAAGUGGCUUCAACUAGAACUCUCCACCCUGCCUUCCUGCUUGCCCUUCUCUGCCUUUCUUUGUGUGCCAAGGCCUCAGGCAGUGGGAAGGGUUGAACUGGACAACAUCUAAUUAGCCGCACUUUUGGUCCUUCCCACUGGACUGCCUCAUGCAGAGAUAUGGCUUAGAAGCCAUGUGGCUGGUUAGGUGGCAGUUGCAAUCAGGAGGCUUAGAACUUCAGAAACCAGAACACAAGCCCCACAGAAAGGAACAGCAGAUACCAGCUCCAGCUGAUUGUCACAUGCAGGAAUGUGGACCUCGUGUUACCAGAUCUUCUGGUUUUUGAAAAGAAACUAGAAUGCUGUAUUCUUAAGUAAAAUCUGAUUUUUUAAUGAUACCAGCUAAUUGAAACUUUCAAAAAGUAUGGCAGGCCAAGCAAUGUGUUGUGGAUCUUGGUUUGUCACCUUUGGCUGUGGGGAGGAGGAAUGGGCAAAAGAUGACACCUCUUUUAGUUGUCAAGGAAUUAGGGUAGGAGUAGGAAUGACAGGUCCAGAUGGAAGGAGAAGCCAAAGGCACAAAGUUCCAUACCACCUUCCUGCCCAACCCUCUAGGUUUCCAAGCAGCUCCCUGGGUCUCCAUCUUGGCAGUGUGACCACUGUCAGGGUCCCUUUGGUUGGGCUUUGACUGGGAAGGCUGCUUCAUCCUGCCUCACUGAGAUGAAGACAGGAGGGAGAGCAACUGAGGACCCACAGGACUAGACCUAGGGUAGACACAGCAAGUCAGCAAUGUCUCAGGGCAAGGCCUGAGGGAGGGAGAAGGUGGCAAAAGGAGAUAGGGAGAAGUAGGCAAAUCCUUGGAGUGUUCUUGAAGCAUGAGGGGAGAUUUCCAGCAAUCUCUAAGAUCACUUCCAAGGAGAGGUGAAGGACAGGAACCGAGCAAGAACAUGAGACUGGCGAGUAAUCAUAGAGGAAGCCUUUGGAAGGAAGCCUGGGACCAGUGAGAGAGUGAAUGAGGGGCCCUGCAAGGUAGAUUGCUCUUUCAAGGCCAAAGAUUUUGGGCAGACACCAGAGGAGACUGUUGGGACCACUUGAGCUUGGUUUGUUUAACAGUAGGACACCUUGAAGUGCUGAAGAAGGAAGGGAUUGCAGUCACAGAGCUGAAAAGGGUAGUAUCAACAACUCUGGUCUAAAAAGAUUCCUUCUCUGGGAAUGAUGGGGCUGUUACAUGGAGUUAUACGUUUUGUGUACUGUACAAUCUGUGUGUAAGCUAAGAGAUGUAAAUGGAUCAUUAGUGUUCAGGUUCUGACAUCUAAACCAGGGUUGUGGUAAUCCAAAAUUGAUGUUGCCCAGUAAUUGAUCCUCAGCCAUUGAAGUGAGGGCAAACAGGCUUCAACUAUUUGGCAGUGGAAAUGGAGAUGAGGUGUUUCCUGCAUAUCAGUCUCCUCGCAAACCUGGCUGGUUCUCUUUGGACUUGGAUGUGCCAGAGGCAAUAACAGCUGCCUCUUGGAGCUCAUGGGGAUGGAUGUGAUAUCAAAUCACCCAGCUCUGCAUUCACUUGGUGUGUAGGAAGACCUCAAAAAAUGGGGGCUCCUCCUCCUCACCUGCACUGGGGGAAUGGAAUGAGCAGAAGGGCCAAGAAGAUCUCUGCACCUUGUGGAAUCAGUCAACAGCCUGGCUGGGACACAUCCCCACCCCUGUGCCCCAAUCCCCCACCAUGGCUGCUGCCAUCUCCUCCAUCAUUAAGGUGCCAAUGGGCGCCCCAGACAGCCCAAAUCUAUGCAGACUUCCCCAUUCCCCAUCCAGGGCCUCCACACCCCCAGGAGUAUGUGACAGGGCUGACCUGUGGUGGCCCAGGGAAGCAGAUGGCUUUGUCUCAGGGACUUUUUGCCUACUUUGUGGAGGCAAACAAACUAACAUCCCUGCCUUGCUGGCUGAGGUAUGGAUAAAAUGCUGUAAGACAGUGGUGGUGAACGUAUGGCAUAUGUGCCGCAGUGGGCUGUUUGUUAUCAUUGAAAGCUCUAAAAGGUUCGCCGUCACUGCACUAGGACAUCUGCGCACCUGCCAUGGUUCUUGAUCAAUGUGGGUGUUGUACUAAUAGUAACAAUCACUUGUUGGGCAUUUACCACAUACAAACUUUCCUAUAUUGCAUUAUUUCAUGGAGGCCUCUACCUAAGAGCUAGGUCCCACUUAUUACAUGUUUUAUAGAUGAUGAAGGUGAAGCAUGAAGAGAUAAGUAGCUUGUCUAGGUGCCAGAGCUGGGAAGUACUAGAGCUUGGAAUGGGUACCCCUGGGAUCUGUGCCUGCAGAGCAGAUCAUCUUCCUUAGCUGAAGAAGGUGAGUGGGGAGGACUGCCAGAGUUCAGCAUCCCACAUCUAGGAAGAAAGGCCACAGGGAGACGCAAAGUAUCUGUCCUGGGAGUCCUGUGCCUCGAGGAAGAUGAGGAUUCAGCUGCUGGUCAGGUUCCCUGGGGCUGAGGAACACUGCAGGACAACACACUUGAUCUUAGCCAAAAGGCCAAGAAGUGGGGACGCAGAAUACAGCCCUGUGACUGACUGAGUAAGUUUAUCUGUCAGAAUGGGAAGGGUUUCCAGAGGGAUCUGCACAGGUCUGGGCAUGUUCGGUUCAGGUGUUCCUGGCACCUUAUUACUGUGCAGGAACAGGAGAUUUGGAGUGAGUCAUGAGGAUCUUUACAUGCCACACCAAGUAACUUGUAAUUUUUUUCUAGGAGUGCAGGGUUUUAGAGCAGGAGAGUUUGGGGGCAGGGCUAGAUCCAUUGUUAUGAAAGAUUCUAGCAGGCAGGACCCAGGGUGGACUGUAGGUGGGGUCUGAGGAGAGACAUUCCAAAUGAGAAAUGAUGGAGCAAGAAUGAGGCAGUGAAGGGGUGAGGUCUGCACCCCUAGCAUCUGUAGGUUCUGUUGGCUCCCUGCCCAGGAUCACCUGUGCACCAUUGGGUCUUUCCUACAUACAGAGCCACUGCCCUGCAGACCUUUCCACAAUGGACAAAUAGAUGGCUAUAGAGAGCCUUUUUUUUUUUUUUGGUACUGGGGAUCGAAAUCGGGACCUUUCACUUUCGAGGCAGGCAGCAGAACCACUGAUCUAAAUCCCGGGCCUAGAGAGCCUUUUUGCCACCUGAGCCAUGUGCUUUGAGAGCAUUUAAAAAAAAAAAAACCAAUUGUUUUUUGAGAUUUUUUUUGUUUUUUAGGAAAAGCAAUUUUUGAUGCCAGCAUUAACAUGUACAAAGCUUGGAGGCCAUCAUUCCCAUGCUUAUAAAGAGAAAAAAGCUCAAUGAACUGAAAGGGAAUCGCUUAUCUUGGACCCAUGGGGGAAAGGAGGUUGCAGGGCAAACUGCCAUCCCAAAAUCUAGAGACAAAUGCACUCACAGCCACCAUUGGCUUCUUUAGACCAGAAGCAGCUGGAGCCACAAACUAGUAGGAAAAAAAAUUUUUUUUUUUUUUGUACUGGGGAUUGAACUUGAGACCUUACGCUUGUGAGGCAGGCAGCAGAACCACUGAGCUAAAUCCCUGGCCCUACUAGUAGGGAAAUUUAAAUGGUGAUUUUGACAAGUUGAUGGAGGCUAAACGUGGCUUCAUGGCAUAUAGUCAAGAUAAAUCUCCAUUUGUCUCUAGCAAGGAAAAGUAGAAAGUAAACAUUUAAAAAUAUGUUCUAGGCUAGAUGCUGUAGCACAUCCCUGUAAUCCCAGCUACUUGGGAGGCUGAGGCAGGAGGAUAGCUUGAAUCUAGGAGUUUAGGGCCAGCCUGAGACUCCCUCUCAAAACAAAAAAACCUUAUCAGAGCCAUCUCACCCAUAGUUAGAACAAGUUCUCAACAGCGGCUACAUUUAACCUUCCUCAGGAGGAUGGGAAGACAUCCCAUCCUCACAGGUAUCUCUUUGAGUCAUAAUCCAGGACUCAGAUGCACUAAAAAGGUGAUUUAACUAUAAAAUUACAAAAUACUUCCCUUUCCCUAAACCUUACCAUCAUAUCAACAGGGCUCCACUAUAACAGUAGCAGAUUAUAACAAAGAGCUUCAAGACAGACUGAUUGAAGAAAUUCUUAGGGAAACUCAAAGACAACAGAGUAGACAAAACAAAGGACACUAGAGGAAUUUAAACAUGGCGGGUAAAGUUAGAGGAAACAAA